GAUUUUGAAGUUCGCGAGUAUGCAAUUUCACUAGCUGGCAGACUAUCUGAAAAGAAUCCAGCAUAUGUUCUUCCAGCACUUCGUCGCCAUCUUAUUCAGCUGUUAACUUACUUAGAACAAAGUGCAGACAAUAAGUGUAAAGAAGAGAGUGCGAAGUUGUUGGGUUGCUUGAUUCGCAACUGUGAACGCUUAGUUCUUCCAUAUGUUGCUCCUAUACACAAGGCUCUUGUUGCGAAACUCUGUGAGGGCACAGGGGUCAAUGCAAAUAGUGGCAUUAUUAGUGGAGUUCUAGUGACUGUUGGAGAUCUUGCAAGAGUGGGUGGCUUUGCCAUGCGGCAGUAUAUUUCAGAACUUAUGCCAUUAAUUGUUGAAGCUCUACUGGAUGGGGCUGCUGUUACCAAACGCGAAGUGGCUGUUUCAACACUUGGUCAAGUUGUACAGAGUACAGGAUAUGUCAUAACUCCAUACAAUGAGUAUCCUCAAUUGCUCGGGUUGCUCUUGAAACUGCUGAAUGGAGAACUGGCUUGGUCAACUAGAAGAGAGGUUUUGAAGGUUCUGGGCAUCAUGGGUGCUUUAGAUCCCCAUGUGCACAAGCGCAAUCAGCAAAGCUUACCUGGAUCCCAUGUUGAAGUUACACGGGUGACUGGUGAUCCUGGUCAACAUAUAAGAUCAAUGGAUGAAUUACCUAUGGAUCUCUGGCCAUCCUUUGCAACAUCUGAAGAUUAUUAUUCCACUGUUGCCAUCAACUCUCUCAUGCGGAUUCUCAGGGAUCCUUCUCUGUCAAGUUACCACCAGAAAGUGGUUGGAUCUCUUAUGUUUAUUUUCAAGUCAAUGGGCCUCGGCUGUGUCCCUUAUUUGCCCAAGGUUUUGCCUGAUCUCUUUCACAUUGUACGCACGUGUGAGGAUGGUCUAAAAGAAUUUAUAACAUGGAAACUUGGAACCUUGGUAUCUAUUGCACGACAGCACAUCCGUAAAUAUCUGCCAGAGUUGCUCUCUCUGAUAUCAGAAUUAUGGUCAUCAUUUAGCUUGCCUGUUGCUAACAGACCCGUUCACAUUUCUCCUAUUCUGCAUCUUGUAGAGCAACUUUGCUUGGCACUCAACGAUGAAUUCAGAAAGUAUCUUCCGGAUAUACUUCCUUGUUGCAUUCAAGUUCUUACUGAUGCGGAGAGGUUUAAUGACUACACAUAUGUUAUUCCUAUUCUCCACACCCUUGAAGUUUUUGGUGGGACACUAGAUGAGCAUAUGCAUCUGCUUUUUCCCGCACUUAUUCGGUUGUUUAAAGUGGACGCUUCAGUAGAAGUAAGACGUGGUGCAAUCAAAACUCUUACAAGAUUGAUACCUCGUGUGCAGGUUACUGGACACAUAUCUUCUCUUGUGCAUCAUUUGAAGCUUGUCUUGGACGGGAACAAAGAAGAGCUCAGAAAGGAUGCUAUUGAUGCACUUUGUUGUCUCGCUCAUUCUCUUGGAGAGGACUUCACCAUUUUUAUUCCUUCUAUUCACAAGCUUAUGGUUAAACAUAGGCUGCAGCACAAGGAAUUUGAAGAAAUCCAGGGACGACUGGAGAAACGUGAGCCACUGAUUUUUGGGAGCACCGCAGCUCAGAGAUUAAAUCGGCGUCUCCCGGUUGAGGUCAUCAGUGAUCCUUUAAGUGAUGGAGAGAGUGACCACUACGAGGUUGGGACGGACAUGCAUAAGCAGCUCAGAAACCAUCAGGUCAAUGAUGGCAGAUUGCGUACUGCCGGUGAGGCUUCUCAACGGAGUACUAAAGAGGAUUGGGCAGAGUGGAUGAGGCAUUUCAGCAUUGAACUUCUGAAAGAAUCACCUAGUCCAGCAUUAAGAACAUGUGCAAAACUUGCUCAGCUGCAGCCUUUUGUUGGGCGGGAGCUGUUUGCUGCAGGUUUUGUUAGUUGCUGGUCACAACUUAACGAGGCUAGUCAAAGGCAGCUAGUACGGAGUUUAGAAAUGGCGUUUUCUUCUCCAAAUAUCCCACCUGAAAUUCUUGCUACACUUCUGAACUUGGCGGAGUUCAUGGAACAUGAUGAGAGACCCCUUCCUAUAGAUAUCCGUCUGCUUGGUGCUCUAGCAGAGAAGUGCCGAGCAUUUGCAAAGGCCCUACACUACAAGGAAAUGGAAUUUGAAGGCGCACUUUCAAAUAGGAGGGAUGCAAACCCUGUUGCUGUAGUUGAAGCUCUAAUCCAUAUAAAUAAUCAAUUACAUCAACAUGAGGCAGCUGUUGGAAUAUUAACAUAUGCUCAGCAGCAUUUGGGAGUUCAAUUGAAGGAGUCAUGGUAUGAGAAAUUGCAACGCUGGGACGAUGCUCUUAAAGCAUACACUGCUAAGGCGUCCCAAGCUUCGAGUCCACAUCUUGGUUUGGAUGCUACUCUAGGACGUAUGCGAUGCCUUGCUGCUCUAGCUCGAUGGGAGGAGCUUAACAAUCUUUGUAAGGAAUACUGGACGCCAGCUGAGCCAGCAGCUCGACUGGAAAUGGCGCCAAUGGCUGCUAAUGCUGCCUGGAACAUGGGUGAGUGGGAUCAGAUGGCAGAAUAUGUUUCUCGGCUUGACGAUGGUGAUGAAACCAAACUCCGAGUCUUGGGAAAUACUGCUUCCAGCGGUGAUGGAAGUAGUAAUGGCACCUUUUUUAGGGCUGUUCUUCUAGUUCGUCGAGGGAAGUACGACGAAGCACGUGAAUAUGUUGAAAGAGCAAGGAAAUGUUUGGCAACCGAGCUUGCUGCACUGGUUCUUGAGAGCUAUGAACGUGCUUACAGCAACAUGGUUCGUGUUCAGCAGCUGUCUGAAUUAGAAGAGGUCAUUGAAUACUGUACUCUUCCUCCUAUGGGAAACCCUGUUGCUGAAGGAAGAAGAGCCCUUGUUCGCAAUAUGUGGAAUGAGCGUAUAAAGGGUGCAAAAAGAAAUGUUGAGGUCUGGCAAGUCCUUUUAGCUGUGAGGGCACUUGUAUUGCCUCCUACAGAAGAUAUAGAAACAUGGAUCAAGUUUGCAUCACUCUGCCGGAAAAAUGGCAGAAUUAGCCAAGCUAAAUCUACGUUGGUUAAACUCUUACAGUUCGAUCCUGAAACGACUCCUGCAACUGUGCGGUAUCACGGCCCCCCUCAGGUGAUGCUAGCAUACUUAAAGUACCAAUGGUCACUUGGAGAGGAUCAUAAGCGGAAGGAAGCCUUUGCUAGGUUGCAGGACCUUGCGAUGGACCUCUCCAGAACAGCUACUCUUCAGCCAGUAAUGCAGAAUGCAUUAGUGGCUUCUUCUGGUGUGCCACUUGUUGCUCGUAUAUACCUUAGACUCGGCACUUGGAAGUGGGCACUUUCUCCUGGUUUGGAUGAUGAUUCUAUACAAGAAAUUCUUAGUGCAUUUAGAAAUGCUACGCACUGUGCAACAAAAUGGGGAAAGGCAUGGCAUACUUGGGCACUUUUCAAUACAGCAGUGAUGUCUCAUUACACACUCAGAGGUUUUGCAAAUAUUGCUGCACAGUUUGUUGUUGCUGCCGUAACUGGUUAUUUUCACUCUAUAGCUUGCGGAGCACAUGCUAAGGGUGUUGAUGAUAGUUUACAGGAUAUUCUUCGUCUUCUUACUUUGUGGUUCAACCAUGGAGCUACUUCUGAGGUUCAAAUGGCAUUACAGAAAGGAUUCACACAUGUUAACAUCAACACAUGGUUGGUUGUUUUACCUCAGAUUAUCGCACGGAUACAUUCAAAUAACCAUGCUGUCAGAGAACUGAUACAGUCCUUGUUGGUGCGAAUUGGACAGAGUCAUCCACAGGCUCUUAUGUAUCCGCUUCUUGUGGCAUGUAAGUCAAUUAGCAAUUUGCGCAGAGCUGCAGCUCAAGAAGUGGUUGAUAAAGUCAGGCAGCAUAGUGGCGUACUCGUUGAUCAGGCCCAACUUGUCUCAAAAGAGCUUAUCAGGGUUGCGAUACUUUGGCAUGAAAUGUGGCAUGAGGCAUUGGAAGAGGCCAGCCGUCUGUAUUUUGGCGAACACAACAUUGAGGGCAUGCUGAAGGUGUUAGAGCCUCUGCAUGAAAUGCUUGAGGAAGGAGCAAUGAGGAAUGAUACCACUUUAAAGGAGAAAGCAUUCAUUCAGGCAUACCGUCUUGAGUUGUUGGAGGCCUUUGAAUGCUGUAUGAAGUAUAGGAGAACUGGCAAAGAUGCUGAAUUAACACAGGCUUGGGAUCUCUAUUACCAUGUAUUCAGGCGGAUAGAUAAGCAGCUUCAAUCACUCACAACCCUGGAUUUACAGUCCGUUUCCCCCGAGUUACUAGAGUGUCGAAAUUUAGAGCUAGCUGUUCCUGGAACUUAUCGAGCAGAUUCACCAGUGGUGACAAUUGCAUCAUUUGCACCCCAACUUGUUGUAAUUACAUCCAAACAACGACCUCGUAAAUUGACAAUCCAUGGGAAUGAUGGAAAAGACUAUGCUUUCUUGCUAAAAGGGCAUGAGGAUUUGCGCCAAGAUGAACGUGUCAUGCAGUUGUUUGGUCUGGUUAAUACUUUGCUGGAGAACUCGAGAAAGACUGCAGAGAAAGAUUUAUCAAUCCAACGAUAUGAUGUCAUUCCAUUGUCCCCUAAUAGUGGACUGAUAGAAUGGGUUCCAAAUUGUGACACCUUGCACCAUCUUAUUCGAGAAUAUAGGGAUGCCCGGAAGAUCACCCUUAAUCAAGAGCAUAAAUUGAUGCUGAGUUUUGCACCGGAUUAUGAUAAUUUGCCACUUAUUGCUAAAGUGGAGGUGUUCGAAUAUGCUUUGCAAAAUACAGAAGGAAAUGACUUAUCAAGGGUUCUUUGGUUAAAGAGUCGCACUUCUGAGGUCUGGCUGGAUAGAAGAACAAAUUAUACAAGAAGUUUGGCUGUCAUGAGCAUGGUUGGAUACCUACUUGGUUUGGGUGAUCGACAUCCUAGUAACCUCAUGCUUCACCGAUAUAGUGGGAAGAUUCUGCAUAUUGAUUUUGGAGAUUGCUUUGAAGCUUCAAUGAACCGGGAGAAGUUUCCAGAGAAGGUUCCGUUUCGCCUCACUAGAAUGCUUGUAAAAGCAAUGGAGGUUAGUGGUAUAGAGGGAAAUUUCCGGUCAACAUGUGAGAAUGUAAUGCAAGUUCUCCGACUGCAUAAAGAUAGUGUUAUGGCUAUGAUGGAGGCCUUUGUUCAUGAUCCACUUAUAAAUUGGCGUCUUUUCAAUUUCAAUGAAGUUCCGCAAGUGUCCACACUUGCCAGUGCACAUGUGCCUCCAGUUGUGAAUAGUGAGGAGUCCUCUUCAAAUAGAGAGCUUCUUCAGCCACAAAGGGGUGCAAGGGAGAGAGAACUGCUUCAGGCGGUCAAUCAAUUAGGUGAUGCCAAUGAAGUUCUAAAUGAACGUGCUGUCGCUGUCAUGGCUCGAAUGAGUAAUAAACUCACUGGACGUGAUUUUUCUGCUACCUCUGCAACUUCAAGCUCUCUACAGCAUGCACUGGAUCACAGUACGUUGAUUUCUGGAGAGACGCGUGAAGCAGAUCAUGGUUUAUCAGUGAAACUACAAGUCCAAAAACUUAUUCAGCAAGCGAUGUCUCAUGAAAAUCUUUGCCAAAAUUAUGUUGGGUGGUGUCCAUUUUGGUAGGUUCCGGGUGACAAUUAUCUGUAUAUAUGUACAUAGUGUUUCAUCAUGUACAUAAUUUAGAGGUCUAUGUAAAGUCCUAAGUUAAUGGUAGCCAUUUGUUGUAUUAAGCAAGUCAGCUUAUCGGCUGUAUGUAAUGUAAGCUCCAAGAGGAAGUUCAAUAAGACUGGUAAAGAGUCCUAGAGUAGUGAAUAUUUAUUUGUACAGCUAUUUACAUAGUGAAAUGAAUCCUUGUGAAAUAAAGUUGGUUGUCUGCA